GAUUGGUGGAACAGUAGUGUGAUUUGCGUCAACAGCCCUAACGACAUUCAUGGCACCACUUGGGGCACUGAUCGUGUAGGUUCAGCGCUGGAGAGGGGAAGCCGCUGGCCUUCUGGGAUGUUCUUUCAAUGCAUCUCGCUGUUGUCAGCGAUAGAAAUAAACCUGUAGGAGAUAUUUCAGAAGCGUAGGAGCCAUGCCGGAGAGAACGAGGUCGCUGAAUCCUCAGCGGCAGGCGGCGAAGCACGAAAUGCCGAAUCCUUUCCACGAUGUGCUCAACACGCCGCGAGGGACGAAUAGGAACCGCGAGAGGGAGAGGGAGAGGGACGUGAGCCCGCUACUGAGACCAGACACAGCACGGGAGCUUAACCCUAGUUUGGAUGCAAGCUUCGACUCUCUGCGGCUGGAUAACUCUAGGGAGGGUAACGGAAUGCCUAAUUUGAGGGAGAGUAGCGGAAUGUCUAGUUUGAGAGAGGGUAGCGGAAUGUCGAUCGGCGAUCCUGGUGCGAGAGCCGAAUCAGGCAGAAUGGGUCACAGCGGCCUCAGUCAGAUGCAUCCGCUCUCCGCAGGCCUCUCCGAUGUGAUGUCGACCAUGCCCCUGAGCAUGGACUUCAGCAUGCUCGAGAGCAUCAGCUCGCUCAAUCGGACCACCGGAGGCCAUAAGCACAUGACGCCCGGCAAGGCGCACCCGAUGUCCCUGUCGGCGCAGCGGCCCAGCAUUCGCGUCUCGCACCUCGACGUCAGCGACGGGUCCAUGAGCGGUCUGCAACGAGCGCUCGAAUUCGCCAAGGAAAAGGUCGACAACGAGCUUCGCGUAUUCGUCAGCGACAUCUCCAAGCGACUGAACCUCCCGGGAGCGGCGGCGACGCUCAGAACGCCGCCCAAGUCGCCCGUCUCCCCGUCUAACGGCUACCCGUCAACUUUCACGUCGUUCCUGAUGUCGCCGGAGUCGUCAAGGUGGGAGCAAGGCGCGCUCUACCUCAAGGACUUAGCCGAGAAAUGCUUGCGAAUGCCCGCAGAGGAAUUUGGAUCGGCGUGCGAGGACAUAGUGCAUGAUCUAAACAUGUCGCGCCAGGAACUCCCCAUGGGAACCCUAAAGCAGCUGCACAUGAAAAUGCUCUUCAUUCUCACCCGCUGCACUCGCCUGCUGCAGUCGCAGAAGGAAGCCGAGGCGGGGAUGCCGUACGGGGGGGCGUAUGGGGGGCCGUAUAGGGGAGCUGAGGUCUUAGCCACGCCGAUGGUUCGUAACCGCCCCCCUGGGUUACCGUCCAUGUCGCUUCGGUCGCAGGCGUCGAUGGCGGCUUCUCACUUCCCGCCGUUUUCCGCGUCGAAGGUUCCCGAACACCCCGCGGAACACCCCGCGGAGCACUCCGCGGAGCAGCCGGCGGAGCAGCAGCGGCCUCCUCCCCGCGCGCAGCAGCAGCCGCGGCCGAUCAUCCGGUGGGACUCGUGCCCUGCGCCCGCGGACUGGCGGGUGCGCGACCCCAAGGCGGAGCAGAAGGGGGGGCUGGGGAAGGGGCUGGGGGCGCGCAAGGACGAGGGGAAGCAGCGGAGCACGAGCAAGUCGGGGAUGCUCGACGACUGGAGUGCGGCGGUGGCGGAAAUGCGCGGGGCGCUGGAUAGCGGAACCUACGUGCCGGGGGGGGAUUUUACGCAAGAGGAUAGCGCGAGCGCCGGAUUUGGAUCUGGGUUUGGAACAGGUUUUGGGUCCGGGCUUGACGGAGGUUCGGGGUUAGGCUCGGGAUCAGGCUCGGCCCCGAGCUCCUCCAGCCUACUCCCGGGUUCUAGCUCGGGUCUAGGGUCAAGCUCGGGCCUCGGCGCGAGCUUAGGACUAGGCUCGAGCCCAGGUUCGGGGCUUGGUUCGUCGAAGAAGAAGCUGUCCGGAGGGUUGAUUGGGGGUGUGACGAGUCUGGUUCGGAUGGUGAGUGGGAAGCUCGAGGAGCUGCUGGCGUCGGUAAAGGAGGAAGAAGCGGCGGAGAUGGAGGAGGCGAGGAAGGAUAGGGUAGAGAAGGGAAAGGAGAAGGGCAAGGAGAAGAUGGAUAAGGGCAAGGAGAAGAUGGAUAAGGGAAAGGAGAAGGCGGAGAAGGGGAGGGACAAGAGCGCAGGCAGGAAAGGGAGCUGCACGACGGUGUCCGCAUCGCCUGUGGCGAAUAAACGGUUGUCAGAAGAAGGUCGAGAGGAAGGGGACGUGUCGUUGGCUAGUAGCAGCGGCGAGCAGGGAUGGCUGCAGCAGCUGUUCCAGCAACAACCCCCGCAGCAGCAGCAGCAGCAGCCUCAGCAGCAGGAUCAGGCGCAGCAAUCGUCCGUGGGGUCACAGCAGCAUUUACAGCAGCAGCUGCCACAGCCGCAGCCGCAGGUGCAGGUGCCGGGCAGUGAGAUGCUGAUGGGGGGUCAACAAGCCCAUGUGGCCGGUCCUCCACCAGCCACUCUCGCGGACACCGAGGUGCACGGGUCCACGAGCGCGCGGGGGCUGCUGUGGGGGCGGGUGGCGGAGAUCCGCAAGGAGGAGGAGAUCCAGCGCGCCAUGCGCAGCCAGUCCGCGCGGGAGAAGUCAUCCCUCUCCCGAUCAGGCGACUCUGGCCCGCCCCCCUUCGCGGCAGCAGCAGCAGCGGCGGCGCCGGAAGAGAUGGAUACAGCAGCAGAGCUUGGACCAGCCACAGACCCAGCGGUAGCAGCAGCCCUUUCGGCGGCGGUGGAAGCAGCAGGCGCAGGGGGAGCAGUGGGCGCAGGGGGAGCAGUGGGCGCAGGGGCAGCAGGGACGAGCGGCGGUUGGGGUGAGACGGCGGGUGCAAGCAUGGCGGUGCAGGGCGGGAGUGAGGAGAGGAAGGGACAGGGGGACGCGCGGCGGGAGGGGGACCUGGAUAAGGCGCACAGACGAGGCGAGGGGCGCAGCAGCAGGGCGUGGGACGUGAGGGUGGCGAGCGGCGAGGACGAGAGGAUGGAGAGCAGGAGGGCUGGGGGCGCGAGAGAGGCGCCUCUGCUGUCGCCCAACCACGCAGAGGACUUUGACGACCUGCAUGAAAAAGCGAUGAUGCGAUCGGUGUCUGGGCGGCGGGUUCAGUACAAGUAUGGGUACUGGGGCAAGGGCGAGAACGAGGAGGAGGGGGGGGAGUACGUGGAUGGGAUGGCUCCGGGCGAGGGGGAGGAGGAGUGUGUGGUCAUCUGCCGCAUCUGUGAGGAAGAGGUGAAUGUCACGCAGUUGCAGGAGCACUCGCGGCUCUGUGCGCUCGCAAACCGCUGCGACUCCGCGCAGUUCUCGAUUGACGAUCGGUUGAGGAGGCUAGCGGACGGCCUGGAUCACAUCUCCAACGAGCAGGUGUCGCGGCUGGGCGCCAUGUCGUUCCAACGGGUGCCGUCCAACUCGUCGUCCGCUGCUGGAGGGUCCACCUCAUCUGUGGUAGCAGUGGGGCCGGAUUCGCAUUCGCAACUCGUGGGCUCGACAGGAGUAGGAGCCGCAGGGGCGAAGCCGGGUGGUGGCAGGUUUCUGUCUCCCUUGGGGAGCAGCAUGGUAUCGCAUGCGGAUGUGCGAGAGGGGGACGAAGGCGGGUCAGCAGGCGAGGGAACGGAGCGGUAUGGUGAAGAGGAGCAUCAGCAGGUGCCAGGGCAAGAAGCAGCAGACCAUCACGGCAGAGAAAACGGGUUGCUGCACCCAGGCGCUCCUAUAAGCCCCACAGAGGACCAUCCAGACCACCAAGACCACCAAGAGCAUCAAGGCGCAGGGAGCAGCGGGAACGCGUCAAACUGGUCGUACGUGAGCCAUCACCUGCAGCAGCAGCAGCAGCAGAAGCUGCAGCAGCAGCAGCAGCAGCUGCAGGCAGCAGGGGGAGAGGAAGGGUCCCAUUACGAGCCGUCCAUGAGCGCCGUGACCAGCAUGAGUGGGGCCACGUCCACUAGCGGGUUCCUCUCCGCCGGUACUUCGUCGCCCAUGCCCACGUCGCCCGCAGGCUCGGCGGGGACACGGGGGGAGAGCCACGGCGGGUACGGCAGCCCGGCGUCGUCGCUGCUGAAGAGCGCGCUGGCGGGGGGAGGAAGGGAGCUGAUGGAGGAGCAUAUCCACAUGGUGGCGCAGGAGGAGAUCGCCCUGAUGGACGACUUGGCUGAUAUAGCCCAGGACGUGGCGGAUGUGUCUCUGGAGGACGAGAAGCCGGAGGAGCUGCUGCUGACGGACAUGCGGGACCUCACGGACCUCCUGCGCACCAAUGACGCGCGCUUCCUCACCAUUGACGUGUUUGGGCGGCGUAUCACCAAGCUGCUGCAGGAGAAGUACUACCGCCUGCGGGACAUCCUGGACCACCAGAUGGGUGCAGCAGCUGGUAACGGGCUGCCACCCUACGAUGGGGUGGACGGAGCAGGGAGGCAUUAUGCGGACGAGGAGGGGGAAGACGUGCUGCAGCUCUCCCGCAGCGGCCGAAGCACCCCGCCAAACCCCUCUGCUGGCGGUGGUAGUGCUGCUGGUAGUGUUGCUGGCGGUGGCGGUGGUGGUGGUGCUGGUGCGUCGUCGUCGUCAGCGGCGGCUGCGACGGCGGCUGCGCGGGACCGCACGACGAUCGACGACUUUGAGCUGAUCAAGCCCAUCAGCAAGGGCGCGUAUGGGAGGGUGUUCCUGGCGAAGAAGAAGACCACGGGGGACCUCUUUGCCAUCAAGGUGCUGCGCAAGGCGGACAUGGUGCGCAAGAACGCGGUGGAGAGCGUGCAGGCAGAGAGAAACAUCCUUGCAUCCGUGCGGAGCCCCUUUGUGGUGCGUUGCUUCUACUCCUUCACGUGUCGCGAGAACCUGUACCUGGUGAUGGAGUACCUCAACGGGGGCGACCUCUUCUCGCUGCUGCAGAACCUGGGGUGCCUGGAGGAGCCCAUGGCCAAGGCCUACAUCGCCGAGCUGGUGCUGGCGUUGGAGCAUCUGCAUGCGAGUGGCAUCAUCCACCGCGACCUCAAGCCCGACAACCUGCUCAUCGCCUACGAUGGCCACAUCAAGCUCACGGAUUUCGGCCUCUCCCAGAUGGGUCUCUUCAACAGCACGGGCGACUUUGCUAUCGGCCCUCUCGCCACCACCGGCCCGUCCGAGCCUCCCUCGCCCAACAUCGCCGCCGCCGCCGCUACUGCUGCUGCCGCCGCCGCCGCUGCCGCUGCUGCUGGUGGUGCUGCUGCUUCCGCUGCCGCAGCUGCUCUUGCCUCCUCCCACCCCCCGGCCGCCCUGGGCCUUCCCAAAUCCGGCUCCACAGAGUCAGCUGCCUCUGUCUGUGCCUCCAUCCCCACCUCGCCUCUCUGGGCGGCAGACCGCCCGGCAGACUUCCCCCAUGCCCCAUCUGGCGCCUCCUCCCGCCCCUCGUCCUCUUCCGGCAGGACUUCCCCUUUUUCCGGAGUUCCUGGGGGGUUGGGCGGCUCAGGGAUGGCGGGCGGUGGGGUUGGGGUUGGAGGUUUGGGAGGGGGUGGGAGUUCGGGGGUUCUAGGGGGGGGAUCGGCGUCGCCGGCGUGGAAGGCGGAGGUGGAGUCGUUGGCGGGGGCGGGGCAGAGCCCGGCGCCGGAUGUGGAGAAGAAGAAGGAGCAGACCGUGGGCACGCCCGACUACCUCGCCCCGGAGAUACUGCUCGGCACGGGCCAUGGCGCCACAGCGGAUUGGUGGGCAGUGGGGGUGAUGCUCUUUGAGCUGCUCUGCGGCGUGCCGCCCUUCAACGCGCCCUCCCCAGAGAUAAUUUUUGACAACAUACUGAAUCGUGACAUCCCGUGGCCGGAGGUGCCUGAGGAGAUGUCCUAUGAAGCCAUGGACCUCAUCGACAGGCUGCUGCACCCCGAGCCAUCGCAGCGGCUGGGAGCGCGCGGAGCAGAGGAGGUGAAAGCACACCCCUUCUUCGCCAACAUCCGCUGGGAGACCCUUGCGCAAGAACAGGCUGCUUUUGUCCCGAGCCCAGACAGCCCGCACGACACGGGGUACUUCUUGACGCGCGGGUGGCAGCAGGAGCAGGGCGCGAUGAUGGAUGGUGGCAUGGCCAUGGGGGAGAGCGAGAGCGCCAGCAGCGACGCCUGCAGUAGCACCUCUGCUGACGACUUUUACCAGGGCGAACAGGGAGACGAGCCCGGAGACAUGAGGAACUUCUCAGACAAUGUGGCGGCAGCCUUCACUAACUUCUCCUUCAAGAAUCUCUCUCAACUAGCGGAGAUCAACUACGAGUUCCUAGGGCGGCAAAAGAGCCCCCCGAGCCAUCUAAAGUGAACAAGGCUUUUCACGAACCAGCCUUAUAAUGAAGCAGUUUCUAUAGGGGCAGCAGCCACAGUGCCGGUGCGGUCACCAUCCACUGUAGCAGCAUGCGGUUUCGCACACGGCACUGAAGGCGUUUGGUUUUUUUGUCUGAUCCCAAGGGGAGUCAGUCCUUCGGCUCCUAAAGCAGCCACCGCUCAAUCGAUCCGAUCGCUCAUGUGCUGUUACUGUUAUGUGGUGCGGUGUGGCCUGUGUGCGUGGUUGCAUGCACGUGUGCGCUUUUUUGUUCUCGUCCCCUUCCCCCCCUCCCCCAAAGCACGAGUGUUUGCACCAGUUUUUGUCCGGCUUGAGCUGAUCACCAGUGCUGGGAUGAGCCGGUGUUUAACUGGUGAGGGAGGGACAGAGGGCGUUGGAGAUAACGGCGUUGGUGCAUGUUCGAGAGAGCAGCAGAGGGAAGCUGGGCGUUGGGGCAUGGGGGGCGGUAUCAGCAUUCAGGCACUCAUCUGUCUACACGAGCUGCUGCAUCUGUUGCUCCUACUGGAGCUGCUGCAACUCCUGUCACGCCAAGCAAGGCCAUGCUGAGACGUGAGAUUUUCCUUUUGCCUUGUUGGCAUCCCCUUUUUCCCCCCGGUUAGUUCUACACGAUUGCCGCGCUGUGCUCAGCCGAAAUAGCUGCCAAGUUACUGCGUCCAUCGGGAUUAACUAGUUUUGCCAGGUGUGGGGUUUGAAAUCUCCACUUUGAUUGUUUGAUUGUUUGAUUUCAUGUUAAUCUGUUUUGCACUGGUUCUUGGAAUACAUUGUACAUCGACUU